AUGAAGCGCCUUAAUCUGGCGUUGGGUCUGUUCCUGGCAUGUGGUGCUUAUGCGGAUUCACAAGGACAAUGCUCUGGAGAAGUCCAGACUCAAGCCUCGGAGGUAGUUGUUUGGGUCAAUGAGCAAGGAGUGCCUAUUAGCACGGAGACGAACCGCAUUACACCGACUGCGGUGCCGCAAGGGAAUCCUGCAGUUGUUCCCCAGGUCUCUGUACCGAAGCCAGAUGUCAAUUUGACGGUCGAUGCACCAGCACCAGAAGCGGCGCAUAAUGAGCCCAGCCAUGAUAUUCCGGCAGAGAAACCAGUGCGGGAAGAUCUCAGGAUGAACAAGCCUCCUGGUCAUCCUGGACAUCCUGCACUGCCAGCUCCUGCGCCUCCUCUUGGUCUGCCCGAGCUUCCUAAACCUCAGCUUCCCAAUCUGCCAUUUCCAAAGCUACCGCUUCCUCAACUCCCUGAGCUUCCUCUUCAACCACAUUCACCUCAUCCGGCACCUCACCCGCCUGCUCCUCAUGCGGACUCUCAUCGUCGAUUUGGAAUAUCUUACUCCCCGUACAAGGCGAACCGAGCGUGCAAGAGCCAGGCCGAGGUAAACAAAGACUUGGACCAGCUAUCCGAUUACAAGUUUAUUCGGAUAUAUGGCACAGACUGUGAUCAAACAAAGCUAGUCGCCAACGCAGCCAGGAUUCAUAACAUGAAAGUAUUCGGAGGAAUCUACGACCUGAGUGAUUUCCCUGCUAGCCUCGAAUCAUUCAAUCAGGCCGCCAUUAGACCCGACGGACAGAAGGAUUGGUCCAUUUUCCACACUAUCGCCGUGGGAAAUGAACUCGUCAAUGCUGGCAUGGCUGCACCUGGAGAUGUCGCCCAUGCAGUUAAACAAGCCCGGACUAUCCUCCGUGGCCAGGGCUACCAAGGACCUGUCGUAACAGUGGAUACGUUCUCCGUCCUCCUCAAACAUCCAGAACUAUGCAAAGUAUCGGAUUACUGCGCCGCAAACUGCCACGCUUUCUUCGACGCCACGGAACACGCAAACAAUGCCGGCCCCUACGCCCUUGAACAGGCCCACGGCGUCUCGCAAGCCGCAGGUGGCAAACACACAAUGAUCACCGAAUCAGGAUGGCCACACGCUGGACAAUCCAACGGCGCAGCAGUCCCAUCUCCAGAGAACCAACGUGUCGCAGUUGAAAGUCUACGUAAGAGUUUUGCGCACCGAAGCGACGAUCUAGUUUUAUUCACUGCAUUUGACGACCUCUGGAAGGAUGAUAAUCGGUGGACCUUCAACGCAGAGCGGUUCUGGGGAAUCCACCAUGAAUAA